AUGACAGUUCGCAGAGCUCCGGCCCCCGAAGGCACCGUUACCAACCUCCCACAGCGCGGUUCUCCGCGGCGAUGGGCCGAGCCCGCGGAUGCGAUCCCGGAGAAGCUUAUCAAGCCAUGGAAGCUGCCCAAGCAGAACACCUAUCUCUUUGUCAACGCCAACGUUGUGGACACCGCCGAGGGCGUCAUCAUUGAGAAGACGUCCGUCAAGAUCUCGAAUGGAUUGAUUGAGAGUGUAGGAGAGGAGCCUGUAGACACUUCAGGCAGUGCCAUUGUCGUCGAUUUACAUGGCAGACACAUCUCACCAGGUCUCAUCGAUUGCCAUGUCCACGUCAGCUCUGUUCCCGGCGAAGCCGGUCUCAACGGCGGCUUUAACAUGGAUGCUACUGUUUCCCACUUGAGACAGUCGUUCGUAUGCGGCCGGAUCCUGAGCAAAGGUUUCACUACGGUGCGCGAUACAGGCGGCGCUACUCUCGCCUUGAAGGAAGCGAUACAAGAUGGUGUUUUUCCGGGGCCGCGCUUAUUCAUCGCCAACCAGGCUUUGUCACAGACAGGUGGCCACGGCGAUCGGAGAGGCGCACACGACCAUUCAGGAUUGUGCUGCGGAGGCAAUUCUGGGCUUUCCAACGUAGUGGACGGUGUACCGGAGUGCAUCAGGGCUGCCAGAGAGCAACUCAGGACGGGGGCGGACUUCAUCAAGAUUAUGGUUGGUGGAGGUGUCGCAUCCCCAACUGACAGAAUCGAGAAUACGCAGUUCACUGCGGAUGAAAUCAAGGCCAUCAGCGAGGUCGCACGAAGCUAUGGUACCUGGGUCACUGCCCACGCCUAUACGCCUCGGGCAAUUCGUCAUGCCGUCGAGAACGGUGUUACUGGCAUCGAGCAUGGCAAUUUCAUCGACAAAGAGACGGCGGAGUUCAUGGCCGAGAAAGGUGUUUGGUUGACUCCGACUCUGGUUACGUACGACGCGAUGGGGUCUGACAAGUACGCCGGGUUCUUGCCUCCUGAAAACCAGCGAAAGAACCAGGAAGUGUUGGAAAGAGGGCUUCAGUCACUUCGAAUCGCCGCCGAAGCUGGAAUCACAAUCUGUCAUGGUUCAGACUUGCUCGGGCCUCUGCAAGCCGAGCAGAGCAGAGAGUUUGGGAUUCGUCAACAGGCGCUCAGCAACAAGCAUGUGCUGCAAUCCGCGACGGUGAACGCUGCCAGAAUGCUUCGACAGGAUGGUUUUCUUGGCCAAGUGAAAGAAGGGUUUGCCGCUGACUUGAUUAUCUUGAACAAAAACCCGCUGGAAAACGUGUCGAUCUUGGACGAACCGGAAAAGAAUGUCCUGGCGGUGAUCAAGGAUGGAAGAGUCUACACUAGUCGAUGGAGUAAACUGCCAGAGGACGUGACGGAACCGCCCACACUCAUUGAGUGA